AUGGUAUCGGAUAGUAUGGAAAAAAUAACGUGGAAUUUAUGCAUAUCUUCAUUGUUUAGCGGUUCGAUAGUGAAAAAUAUUAAUUUGUACACGCAUUAUUCGACGCUUCGUUAUUUACGUUUGAAUUUGCACAACGAUUCGAUAUCAAGAAAUGAAGAUGAUAAAAUAUACGACGAGAAAGCAUCAAGACGAUAUAGAGCUUUUCGAACAUUCCUAUAUAUCAUGGUCGUUGUUUUCAUGCCCAUAUGGGUCGUAUGCAAAUACAACAACGUUGAAAAAGUACUACCCAUACCUCUUCGACUCCCAAUUAAUUUCAGUUCGAGUACAAUGUUAUCGUACGAUUACGAAUUUGCAAUAAUAGCAAUAUGUGCAACUUUGGGACUCAUAUUUGUUAUAGAAUUGGAAAUGGCCAUUUACAGCGUAGGUGUUGCCGUUUAUUCGACGAAUUGGUAUUUAAUGGAUAUUGAUAUACAAAAAGAUAUUCAAAUGGUGAUACUCAGAUCACAAAAUCCGGCAGUUUUUACUGCAGGUAAAGUUAUUGAAUUAAACGUGAACGCUUUUGUUAACAAAAUGUCUUCGUCUGAAAUGGAAACAUCUAUUUAUUCGUCUCAAUUUAAACUUUUCCAAUUAUGGGGAGCAUGGCCCGUUGAAAUUAUUUUUUUGUUGAUUAAUUUAAGGUACACACAACAUUUCGAAAAAAUCUACAGCGGUUUAUUAUUUUUUCAAUUAUUUAUCGGUGGUUUCCUCGUCGUAAUUAACGCCGUUCAAACAAUGACCUCGAAUAAAAUUAUGUUGUCAACACUGAAAUGUAACCGGAAAGUAGGAGAAGGAAUGUAUGACUUACCAUGGUAUUCAUUAAGCAUUGAAUUAAGAAAAGAUAUUUUGUUUAUUAUAUUGAAAUCUCAAAAACCACCACGGAUAAGUGCUGGAAAAAUCAUUGAAUUAAACAUGGAAACGUUUAGCGAGGCGACAAAAAAUAUGUACAGAUGGUUGGCAGUUUUUCGACAAGUUGGAUUCAGAUAG